AUGAUGCGCUUCCGACUGUCCCUUCUCAUCUUUCUCACCUCGCUCGCAAACGUCUUUGCCAUCUCCCAGUACGCGCCCUACGAUUAUGGCUUCGACAUCAGCAGGCGAGUCAAGCGCGAGGUUGCCCGCCGCUCAGAGCUGGUAUUGCAGCCCAAAACCAGCAGCGAUCUUGUCGUGCGGCAGGAGAUACGCCAGCUUGAGCAGGACAAGGACGUGUGGACACUCUAUAUUCUUGGCCUGAGCAUGCUGCAGUUCACGGAUCAGGCGUCUCCCGCAUCGUACUAUGGCCUUGCGGGGAUACACGGAAUGCCUCACGUAGUCUGGGGCGGCGUGCAACCGGUCCAAGGGAACGAGAAUACCGGGUAUUGUACCCAUUCAUCAAUCCUCUUCCCGACAUGGCACCGGGCCUACAUGGCACUGUACGAGAUGAUUGCUAGCUUCUGGCCCGAGAGCGAGAGACCGCGUUACGAAGCAGCGGCCCGCAGGUUCCGGAUCCCUUACUGGGACUGGGCGGCCCCUCCGCCUCCCGGCGAGAGUGUGCUUCCGCUGAGCAUUGGUGGGAGCCCGUUUGUCGAUGUCAAUGGCCCCAACGGCGUCCAGCGCAUCGCGAACCCCUUGUUCAGCUAUAACUUUAGGCCGCUUGAUACUAAAGCUUUUAGCUUUGGUCCAUGGAAUACCUGGACCCGGACACUCAGGGGGCCGUCAAGCACCGGUCCCGAUGCCCAAUCAAACAAUUCGCUGGUGGCCAUGAACCUCGAUCAGAAUCGAGGUUCCCUCGCUCAGCGCCUCUACACCUUGUUCUCGGGCUAUGAUAACUACACCACGUUUAGCAGCAAUGCAUUCGGGCCGCAAGCGGACUCGGUCGAGUCAAUCCACGAUACCAUCCACGGCCUGGUGGGCGGUUUCGGCCCUGGCCAGGCGUCUUCCCAAGCUGGGCACAUGGGAUACCUCCAGUGGUCUGCCUUCGAUCCGAUCUUUUUCCUUCACCACACCAUGGUCGACCGCAUCUUGGCCAUCUGGCAGACUCUGCAUCCCACGGCUUGGAUUACGCCGUCUAGGUCCUUGACAAACUCGUACACCAUUCGAAAGGGCCAAGUGCUGAGUUCAAACACGGCCCUCGCCCCCUUCUUCUCCCACGACAACGGCAGCUUCUGGGACUCAGACGGCGUCCGCGACCAUACAAAAUUCGGAUACACCUACGCUGAGCUGCUGGGGCCCCCGACAUUCUCCCACAACAUGGCGGUGACGGCACAAGUCCGCACGGUCAGGCAGGCAGUCAACCGCAUGUAUGGCAGCUUCAGCCCGGCCAGCCUUUUCCUCAAGGAACUCCGAGCAUCAGGCUUCAAAACCAGCUCCGGCAAAGCGACAACGGGGCAUAACUUUUCCCGUUCGACCAUGGCAGGCAAAAUAUUUGUGGGCGACCGCUACCACGAGUGGACUGCCAAUGUAGGCGUGGGAAAGCAGGCCCUCGACGGCGACGGAGUCGUAGCCUCGUCUGUCAACUUCUUUCUUGGAGAUGCCCCGCGUGAUCCGAGGGAGUGGACGGCGACGACAAACCAUGUCGGCACCAUGGGUGUGUUUGCCAGCGUGGGCGGGUAUGGCAUUAGUGGUAACCAGGGCGGCGCUCAUGAUGUGGCUGUGUCGGGGACGGUGCCCCUGACGGCCGCGCUGAUGAAGAAAGUGGCUGCCGGGGAGCUGGCGAGUCUGAGACCGAGGGAUGUGGAGCCUUAUUUGAAGGGGAACCUGAAGGGUAUUGUGUUGGGAAGAAAGGGGGAGGUGCUCACUGAGUGUGUAGACGGGAUCAUGGUUGGGAUUGUGAGCUCGGAAGUAACAGCGCCGUGGAGUGAGGAGGAACUGCCGAGGUGGGAGGAAGGGAAGAUUUCUUUUGAAAUGUGCUGAGUGAUGAUUGAAGGUUCCUGUUGUUGCGGGACUCUAAUAAGGCAGUUCAUAUUCGCUUCGUGUCCUGCUUGGGGUAUUGGGGUGUGAUGGCCGGGUUCUAGUUAGCCAACAAAUCAAUCUGGUG